GUCAACAUGAGCCGCAGUCCAGAGAGGAUGUCAUCAUAUAGACGUCAUUUCGAGGGCUCCCUGGCCGCCCCUCCCGCCUACCAGCUCCGGGUGUCCAGUCCCUCUCCCACCCGCAGGGAGACCCGCUCGGCCAGCUUCACUCGAAGUGGUGGAACGAUGGGGCGUAGGUCCCUCUCCAGUAAGGCUCGCCUGACCAGCAGUGUGAGUAUGGGAGCGCUGUGCUUUGGUAUGUCCAUGGGGCUCGGGCCAAAACUGGACCUGGAUGCAGCUGCAGCAGAGAACCAGGCCUUUAUGACGACUCGAACUAAUGAGAGGCAGGAGAUGGUAGCCCUUAAUGACCGUCUGGCAGCUUAUAUUGAAAAGGUGCGAACACUGGAAUCGAAGAACAUGGUGUUGGAGGCUGAGAUUGAGGCCCUGAAGGGUCGCCAUGUCAGACCAUCAGGCCUCAGGCAGCUGUACGAAUCUCAGUUGAGGGAACUCAACAGGGACACUGAGAAGAUGAGAGUCCAGAGGGAUAUGUCUUUGGUAGCCAAGGAGGCAAUGUUGGGCCAGUUGGACGCACUGAGGGCCAAAUAUGAUGAAGCUGUGGAGGCCAGGAAAAAGACGGAGCACGACAUUGAAGCACUACGUCCUGAUGUGGAUAAAGCAACCUCAGUCCGGAUUGCUCUGGAGAAGCAGCUGGAAAACCUGGAGAGUGAGCUGGCUUUCCUGCAGAGAGUUCACAAGGAGGAAAUUGAGGAGCUCAUGCAGCAGAUCUACUCAGCAGCCACCAAGGUGGACCUGACGUUUGGCCUCCCAGACCUCUCCUCUGCUCUAAGACAGAUUCAGUCUCAGUAUGACAACAUCGCCGCCAAAAACCUACAGGAAAUGGACAGCUGGUACCGGACAAAGUUUCAGGACCUGAGUAACAUCUCCUGCAAACAUGUUCAGAGUGUUCGAAGUGUGAGAGAGGAAAUCGCAGGCUAUAAAAAGGAUAUCCUCAACAAGGAACGUGAAUUGGAGGCAUUGAAGAGCAGGAAUGAGUAUUUGGAGGCUCAGAUCCGUAAUGCAGCCGUGAAAUACAAAAAGGAGGAGGAGGACCUACAGGAGCGUAUAGAAGCCAUUAAACUGGAUCUAAGGGUGACCAAGGAGAAGAUAGCGCUGCUGCUGAGGGAAUAUCAGGAACUACUGAAUGUCAAGAUGGCUCUGGAGAUUGAGAUCACCACCUACAGGAAGCUGAUUGAAGGAGAAAACAACCGUCUGAGCACCAUGGUCCAUAACCUGUCUCUGCAUCUCACUUCCGCUGUUAGCAUGUGUGCUGCCUCAGCCUCAGCCUCAGCCUCAGCCUCAGCCUCAGCCUCAGCCCCUGCAAUGUCUUCAAAGCUGGAUGACGCCCCCACUGACAGCAGCAGUAGUGGGGCAGAGAAGGCUCCAGGUGCUGGCACAGCCCGAGUGGAAGUCGCCUCAUCAGACACUCAGACAGACGGCAGCUUAGAGGAACAGGCUACAGAGAUGUCUGAGAGGAAGACGGUCCUGAUCAGAACAGUUAAGACACAUGAAGACACUUAUGAGAGCAACACACAGGAGUGCACCAUCACCAUAUCUGGAGCAGCUGAUGACACAGAUGAAGAAUAAACCAUUUGUCUUUCCCAAAUCUUACUAUCUGACUAUAAGCUGUACGCCAUUUCAUGUCAUGUUAAGUCAGAUUUUUUUUAAUGCUUUGAAAACCUUCAAAUUGUAAAUUUAAUUCAAGAGAAAACACAAGGUACUGCAGUCAGAGGAAUUCCAACUUGUACUCCAACAGCAUGUGCCCAUUCAAGGGUUGUGUUCAUCAAGACUUCACACUGUGUCCUGUCGCUCUGCUCUGCUCUGCCUGCUUCUAACUCUGUCAGCCUCUCUGCUCAUUUAACCCUCCUGUGUGUCAGGGACGUGUGUUUGAAAGUAACAAAAUAAACAGCAAGAAAGCAUA